CGGCUAGAGGGCGGUUCAGUUGCUCUCCGACUCUCCGCUCCGACAGGUCCUGCCUUUAAAAAUAUACGUAAAAUAAGAUUUGCGUUUGACAAGAAGUUUGUUGUGGUUUUUUUUAUAAUAACUCCGGUCUUCCAGCACCAGCAGUGCGAUUUGUUUUUUUAUCGCGGGAGGAAGUCGAAUCUCUCCGCGGCGCACAGUGUUCUGUCGGCGUGAGGAUGAUGAGUGUCGUUUCUUUGCUGGCCUCGUUGCUCCUCGUGACCAGCCAGGCUGUGACCGCACAGUCUCAGCUGAUUGGCAGCGAUGACGGAACCAAUCAACAAUCUGGCAAUCGUUGCAUCGACGACGAACAGAAUCCGCAGCGAUGCAUUCCCGAUUUCGUGAACGCGGCUUUCAACGGGCGAGUGGAAGCGACCAACACCUGCGGCCUGUACGGGCCGAGCGAGUUCUGCACGCAGACGGGAGCCAAAGGACCGGAGAAAUCGUGCGACAUUUGCGACGCCCGCGUUUCGCAUUUGGCCCAUCCGGCCGAUUACCUGACCGACUUCAACAACAACGACAACAUCACCUGGUGGCAGUCGGACACGAUGCUGGAGGGCAUCCAGUACCCGACUCAAGUCAACUUGACCCUCAAUCUUCGAAAGGCAUUCGACAUCACAUACAUUCGUGUCAAAUUUCAAUCUCCCCGCCCAGAGAGUUUCGCCCUCUACAAGCGAACGUCAGAAGAUGGACCUUGGUUGCCCUAUCAGUUUUACAGUGCUACAUGUCGUGACACUUACGGACUGCCUGACAGCAACUUCGUUCGACGUGAUGACGAAAAACGUGCCCUGUGCACGUCUGAAUUUUCUGAUAUCUCACCGUUGACUGGAGGCAACGUGGCCUUCUCUACUUUGGAAGGACGACCAUCUGCUUAUAACUUUGACGAGAGCAAGGAACUCCAGGAUUUCGUAACUGCCACUGACAUCAGGAUCACUUUGGAUCGUUUAAACACCUUUGGUGAUGAAGUCUUUGGUGAUCCCAAAGUGCUCAAGUCUUACUUUUACGCCAUUUCUGAUUUUGCUGUUGGUGGCAGAUGCAAGUGUAACGGCCACGCCUCCGAGUGCGUGUCGAGUUCGUCGGAAGAUGGCAGCUACUCGAACUUGGUGUGCCGUUGCGAGCACAGCACGGCCGGUCGAGACUGCCAAGAAUGCCUCCCGUUUUAUAAUGACCGUCCGUGGGCCCGCGCCACCGCCGACGAUGCCAAUGAAUGCCUUCCUUGCAACUGUAACGGAUUCUCCAGCCGGUGUUACUUCGAUCAGGCCUUGUUCGACGCUACCGGUCACGGCGGCCAUUGCCUCGAUUGCACGGCCAACCGCGACGGACCCAACUGUGAACGCUGCCGCGAACAGUUUUACCAGCGCGAAGAUAAUUACUGUGUACCCUGCAAUUGUGACGAGACAGGUUCACGGAGCUUGCAGUGUAACCGCGAAGGCAAAUGCUCGUGCAAGCCAGGCGUGACUGGUGACAAAUGUGACCGAUGCGAAGAGAAUUUCUACGAUUUCGGACCGCAAGGGUGCCGCCCUUGCGGCUGCAAUGUGGCCGGCAGUCUGGGUGGGCAACCGCGCUGCGACUCGGAAACGGGCAGUUGCUCGUGCAAAGAUCACGUCGAAGGCCAGCGCUGUGACCGCGCCAAGCCCGGCUACUUCAAUUUGGACGCUGAAAAUCUCUUCGGCGCCACUCCGUGUUUCUGCUACGGUCAUUCUUCCGUCUGCAGGUCGGCCACCGGCUACGCCCGUGGAUUAAUCGAGAGCGUGUUCGCCCGUUCUGAUGAGAAAUGGUCGGCCCUGGAACAACCUGGAAAUCGGCCAAUCACGCUGGCCUAUAAUUCACUGUUGGGAAACAUUGGAGUCAGUGCGCCCGGCCGUGACGCCGUCGUCUUCUCAGCCCCCGAACGUUACUUGAACGACCAGCGAACGAGUUACAACCAGCAGUUACAUUUCACGCUGCGAACCAACGAAGCUGGAGCCCGCGCUUCCAUCGAUGACGUCGUAUUGGAAGGAUCCGGACUGACCAUCUCGCAGCCCAUCUUCGGCCAAGGCAACCAACUGCCAUCGGCAUCGAACCAAGUCUAUUCGUUCAGACUGCACGAACAUCCCGAUUACGGCUGGAAUCCGCGUCUGUCUUCCCGCGAUUUCAUCAGCGUUUUGGCCAACUUGACUGCCAUCCGAAUCCGUGGCACCUACACGCCCCGCGGUGCGGGUUACCUGGAUGAUGUCAAACUGGAGACGGCCCGUCGAGGCGGCAGCGGUUCACCUGCCAACUGGAUUGAACGCUGCAAUUGCCCUGAAGGUUACGUCGGCCAAUUUUGCGAAUCCUGCGCUCCGGGAUUCCGUCACGAACCCGCCAACGGCGGUCCGUUUGCCCGCUGCGUCCCUUGCAAUUGCAACGGACACGCCGAUAUUUGCGACGCCGAAAGCGGCCGCUGCAUUUGCCAGCACAACACGGCAGGCGACAACUGCGAGCGAUGCGCCCGGGGAUUUUACGGCAACGCUCUUCAAGGAACGCCCAACGAUUGCAAUCCUUGCCCGUGUCCCAACGGUGGCGCUUGUAUCGAACUGGCCGACGAAACUGUCGUUUGCCUCGAAUGUCCGGUCGGUUACGCCGGCCCGAGAUGCGAAUUGUGCAGCGAUGGCUAUUUCGGUGAUCCCGAGGGCCGUUUCGGUACCCGACGACCUUGCCAGCCUUGCGAUUGCAACGGAAACGUCGAUCCCAACGCUGUGGGCAAUUGCAACCGAACGACGGGCGAAUGUCUCAAGUGUAUCUACAACACUGCCGGAUACCGUUGCGACUCCUGCCUGGCCGGAUUCUUUGGUGACGCUCUGGCCCUUAAUAAAGGCGAUUGCCGGCCUUGUCAGUGCUUCCGCCGCGGAACUCUGCAGCUUCCUUCCGGUACCCUGCAAUGUGAUCAGGUCAGCGGACAGUGUGAAUGCAAACCGAACGUGAUGGGCAACAACUGUGACCGCUGCCUGGACGGAUUCUUCGACUUGGAGAGCGGAAACGGAUGUCAAACUUGCAACUGCGAUCCUGUCGGCGCACUCAACAGGACCUGUAACGUUCGAAAUGGGCAAUGCUUCUGCCGGCCUGGCGUAGUCGGUCUACGAUGCGAUUCUUGUGCUCCCAACCAAUUCGGAUUCUCUUACGAUGGAUGCAAACCUUGCGAAUGCGACACCAUCGGAUCCCUGUCGCUUCAGUGUGACGAUCCUGAUGGACAGUGUCGAUGCCGAGACAACGUCGAAGGCCGUCGCUGCGACCGCUGUAAAGAAAACAAGCACGACCGUGAAGCUGGAUGUAAGGAUUGCCCGCCUUGUUACAAUUUGGUACAGGAGGCCGUCGAUCAGCACCGAGCCAAGAUGGCCGAUCUGGCAACGAUUUUGCAACGCAUCAUCUCCAACCCGACCAUCAUCGCGGAUCUUGAUUUUGAUAGGAAACUGGCCGAAGUCCAGGACCGUGUCGAUCAACUCUGGGUAGACGCCAAGAUGCAGAGUGGCGGUGACAAAAGCAUAAGCAUCCAGCUGGAAGAGUUGAAGAAUAGAUUAAAGCAAGUUCAACAAAUGACUGGAGAAAUUGAAAUGCGGACGCAGAGUUCAAGACGCGCCACUGCAGCCGGAGUUGGCAAUUUAACCGUGGCUGAAGCCGCAGUGGAACGGGCCAGAGAAUCCCUUAAAUCUGCCCAACGUUAUUUGGAGACAGAAGGAUCGGAUGCUCUACAACGGGCGAUCCAGCGCUCGGAGAAAUUUGGCCAGCAGAGCGAGCGCAUGUCGCAAAUUGCUCGCGAUGCCCGCCAAGCGGCCGACCAACUUGACGACUCUGCGGCGCUGAUUGAAUCCACAGCGCAGGAAGCCCUCAACACAUCCAGCAGUGCUUACCAGUUGGCUCGAGAAGCUGUCGAUCAGCAGAAGAACAGUACCGAAGAAAUCGGUGGACUCCGCAAAGAGUUGACCAUUACCGAACAGACCCUUGCCCGCACUCAGGCUAUGGCCAAGGAGGCGCUCACUAAUGCCCAAUCGGCUUACACCGAAGCUCUUAGUCUUCUGGGUGACGCCUACAGUCUAGUGGUUCCCAAUGUUGAGUGGCAAUUUAUGAAACGCCAAGCUGCCCAGCAUUCGGAAGAAUCACGUCAAAUCAAGACAGAAGCCGAUCAGCUGGCGGCGGAAAACGCCAACAUGUUGGAUGAAGUUAGUGACCAAAUCAUUGGCGCUGGUGAUGUGCUGGCCAAAGGAGUGGCGCAGCAGCAAAUCGCGGAUGAAUUGCUUGCUGACGCCGAUGUCGCCUUGGGAAGGUCUCAAGAAGCCGUCUCACUGGGCGAAAAAACACUUGCCGAGGCCCAAAAGACGCUUGAAACACUCGAAGGUUUCGACUCGCUGGUGCAGGAAAGUAAAGAAAAAGCUCGCGAUGCUCUUGGUCAAGCCGUCGAAAUCACAAAUUUGAUUGAGCAAGCUGAAGAAAGAACGCGAGAAGCGCAAAAUGCCCUGGCCGGUGCCGAGUCCGAUGCCCGAGUGGCUCGUGAUUCUGCGAAACAGGCUCAAGAACACGCGGAACAAGCCUCAAAGGACGCUGUAAUGAUUCGCCAAGGCGCUUCAGAGACGAGAGAUAAAGCCGGUCAAUUGAAAGAUACGGCCGAAAGUCUCACUGCUAGUGUAGCCGAUACGGCUAACCGAAUGAGAACUUUGGAAGCUGAAGCUGCUGAAGAUCAAGGACUCGCUAAAGAGGCUUUGGAGAAGGCUAAUCAAGCCAAGAGCAUUUCAGCGGAUUCGACUGUUAAAGUCCGUGAAGCCAUCAGCUCAGUGAAUGAGAUUCUCAUAUCUCUCAAUAACAUGGGAAAUAUUGAUACUGCCGCUUUGGAUGAACUGGAGCGAAAAUUAAUCAUUGCCGAACGGGACUUUAUCGAGUCUGAUAUCGAACGGCGCAUUGAAGAGAUGAGGACGGCUCGAGUCACUCAGAACCAAUGGGUAAGAGAUUACGAAGAAGAAUUGGCCCGUCUUCGACUAGAGGUCGAUAACGUCGAGGCUAUCAAGGAGGCUCUACCUGAGGGUUGUUGGAAGAGGCUGAAGUUGGAACCUUAAUAACGGAUGAUUCCAUAUGUUUUGGGAGUUCCUUGGAACGCUCUUCCCCGUUAAAUGAAAAAAAAAAAAUUUCAAAACCGUAAAAGUUUGACAGAAAUCAAUUUUCGUAAAGAAAAAAGAUUUUAAUAGGGGGGGGGGGGACAAAACUAUCGCCUAGCUCGUUACGUAUCUAAAUCGACUGGGCACUUAGUCAUAAAACAUCAUACAAACUAUGUUGAUUGAAGUUAAGAAGUUAGAGAGCUUAACACAAAAGUUCAGUUUGCACUACUCUAGUUUUUCUUAGUUGUUCCGACUCCAUCACUUUCUUUACAUCGACUCCCCUUUUGGUUGGGGUGUGUUAUUCCGUUUAUUUGUUUAAUUCUUUUUUUUUUUCAAUCUUUUCACAUCACUGUGCCUUCCUCUCCAGAGUGCCGUUGAUGUCGCAAGUGCCUGUUUGAUACAAUUAUUUCGUCAUGUGCCAAAAUGAUUCCUCCCUAACCUUUUUUUUCACCUUCCUUCACUGACAAAUCAAAUUGUGUUUAGACUUUUUUGUGCCCAGGAUUUUAAAUCGGAAUUCUUAAUCUGAGAUUUUUUCAAAAUGAAUUAGUUAAAAAUUACAUUAAGGGAUUCUCUCUGAUGAAUGCCAAAGACGGACGUGCGUGUGUUUCCCACUCGUCAUUUUCUUAUAAACGUGACCGUUUUUUGUCGAACGCUGAAACUUCUUGUGGACCGAAAAGAAUUCUGAAUGGAUCGAUUAUUCUAAAUGUUUUUGGAGAUAAGAAAAAACUACGUCUUAAUUCCCAUCUUUUUUUUAAAGCCCUCUCCCGUUCAUGCGUUUCCUCUGAAACAAACUUCCUUUUUGUAUAAUACCUUUUUUGAAAAUCCAUGUUUGCACUCACUGCCGCUGUUUUGACUCAAUACAUGACCAUUUAAGUGA